UAGGGACUCUCAACAUGCUAGGUCUGGCCAAGCGAGUUGGUGCCAGAUUCCUUCUCACAAGCACCAGCGAGGUGUACGGCGACCCUUCGCAACACCCGCAGGCUGAGACCUACUGGGGCAAUGUUAAUCCCAUCGGUAUCUCUUCAAUCUCUUCUGUCUCGGUCUCAUGGGGGGAUAAAGCAGCAGUGGUGCUUUCUCAACUUGUUUCGCUCUCUGCGUAUGGUUCUGACAGGUGUAAGGAGCUGCUACGACGAAGGCAAGCGAACUGCUGAGACCUUGACCAUGGACUACCACCGUGGUGCUCAAGUCGAGGUGAGGAUUGCUCGGAUAUUUAACACAUACGGGCCUCGCAUGUCAAUAGAUGAUGGCCGAGUCGUUAGCAAUUUCGUGGCUCAGGCGUUGAGGAAGGAGCCAUCGACGGUGUAUGGAGAUGGAAAGCAAACUAGGAGUUUCCAGUACGUGUCUGAUCUGGUGGAGGGUUUGAUAAGGCUCAUGGAAAGGGAGCACGUCGGUCUAUUCAACCUCGACAAUCCCAGGGAGUUCACCAUGCUAGAGCUCGCGAAUGUGGUCCAGGAAACCAUUGAUCCUAAUGCCAAGAUCGAGUUUCGACCCAACAUAAAGGAUGGCCCUCACAAGCGCAAGCCCGACAUUACCCGUGCCAAGGAAUUGCUCGGUUGGGAGCUAAAGAUCUCACUUCGGCAAGGCCUUCCUCUUAUGGUAUCUGACUUCCGUAAGCGAAUCUUUGGUAAUCAUUCAGACUCUACCCCGUCCACCACUAGCACUAUCACUGAAUCUACCUGAGAUCUCCAUUGAUCUAGCUGUUAAUCCUCAGUCUAGGACCUGACUCGAUAGAGAAUGAUGAGAUAAAAGGAGUUACAUUUUGACUUGAAAGAUGUGCAUUAAGUGAGUGAUCACCACCCGUUUACAAGUAUGCCCGAUAAGCAUUUGUUUUAUUGUAGCUACAUCAGUUAUUAUUACUGUAAGUCGAGGUCAACUAAUUGUU